AUGACAAAUGAAUCAAUUUUAUACUUUGAUUCAACAAUCAAUCUUUUAAAAAAUGAGAUCUCUAGUCUCAACUCUACUUAUCGUUCAAAGGUUAAAUUAAUAAAACCAACCGAUCAUUUUGGACCACUCCCAAAUGAAUUAACUUUAAAUGAACAAGUUGAUUUCGUUGAAGAUCUUUUUUCAUAUUUAAGAUUAACUAGAAACUCAAUUGUAAACGAAGGAAAUGCAAAGUCUAAAAAUUUUUAUGACCAAUGUUCACACGGUAAACAUCCAAAUUGCCAAAUCAGUUUAAAGCAUCCAAUCUCUGAUCAUUCCGAUUAUAGUGACCAUGUUAAUCCAGAAUCAACAAACUCUAAUAUUUUCGUAUAUCUCAGGGGUUUUGAAGAAGUCGAUAACAAAAGUCCACAUGAAAUCAUGACAAAAUUUCAAAGAAAAAUGAAAGCAACUCUAAACAAGUUUACUCCAUUCAAUAAGGUCAAUGGUAAAUCUAUAAUUGAAGAAUCCACCUCAAACAACGAUAUUCAAAAUAACAAUCAAUUCUUUAGUUAUCCACAUGUUCAAUACUCAACAACAAAGAAACUCAAUGUUUUGGAUUAUGAUCAAUCUAUUAGAGUUUUAUUUUCAAAUUUAUAUUUUGCAGGUUUAAGAGGUAUUAAAGAUCCAAUUUAUUCAAGUUUUAAUGAAUUUAAAUACGACUAUAUUGGAGAUUUAAUAAACAAAUCAAUUAUUAAUAUCCAGCUUAGUUUACAAGAAAUAAAAGAUCAAAUAAAGAGUGAUAUUGAAAACUCAUCAGUUCCAGAAUCACAAAUACCAAAUAUUAUUCAAGCUUCAAUUGAAAACCAAUCACCGGAAAUCCUUGAUCCAAGUUAUUUUUCUCAAAAUCAAAUGGUCGAUGAUUUAAGAAUUCCAUCAAUCUUAUUAAAUAACAAUUUUGAUCUUUCAAAUAUUCUUUUUAAUAAUAAUAACAGUGAUAAUAAUAACAACGAUUUAAAUGAAACAGAUCCAGAUAUAUUAGCAUUAGACCAAUAUAUAGCUAAUAGUAAUAAUAUUGAUAGUAACCACGUCUAUGAUAAUUCCAAUAUUAUUUAUGAUAAUAACAAUGUUAUUUAUGAUAAUAGCAAUAUUAUUGAUGAUAAUAACAAUAUUAUUAAUGAUAAUAGCAAUAUUAUUUAUGACAAUAAUAUCAGAGAUAUUGAAAUUGAUAUUAAUAUGUUGGAAAGUAUUGAACAAGAUGAAAUUGGCGAAGAAGAAACGAACAGAGAUACUGAAGAAGAAGAAGAAGAAGAACCAUCACCUCCACCAAAAAGAAUUAUAACUAGAAAUAGUGCAAGGUUCGAAAGAUAUGGUGCAAGUCAAGAAAUUAAAAAAAAGACCAGAAAUUCAAAACCAACUAAAAAAUCAAAAAAAUAUGAUACUAGCUACAUUGAAGAAGAGGAAAAAUUAAUCAAAGUUAAGCGUAUCGAAAAGUGGAAGAGUUCAGAUAGAAAUAUUAACAGAUCAAAAAUAAAUGCAAAAGAUAAAGUUUUAAGACAAAAUCGUAACAAUAGAUAUUUAAAUUUAGAUUUAAAUCCAAAACCUACCACUGAAGGUGAUUCAAUAAAUAAGAAAUUAAGAAAAGAAGGUUUGAAGUAUCAUCUCAACUUUAAACAAUACAGAAACUCUUAUCCACCAACAUUUAUUAUUAAUGGUAUUUCUUAUGGCCCAGGUCGUGAUGCAAAUAUUGAAAAUGACAAAGAACCAAUCCAAUUAGAUCGAGUUUCAAAGGAUACUUUUAUACCUGUUACUCCAAUCCUUCCUAGAUUGGUAGAGAACCAACCCAUCGGACCAGUAUCAGAAGAUCCUGUUUACAAUGAAAAUGAAAUCGAGGUUACAAACUCGAUUCUCCAAUCAAAUAUCGAAAUGCACAACAUUAGAUUUGAAAAAAGAAAGAAAUAUUUAAAGGUACAAAAGGAAUCAGAGUACACUUUAAUGGAUCUUGCUUUCGAUUUAGAGGCGGUUCAACCUAAUGAAAUUGUACCAAUCACCCCAGAUUUAUUUUUAGUCGGUAAAGACGAUGGAGACGAUGAGGACGAUGAAGACGAUGAUAGUAGCAUUAGUGGUAGCAGUUGUGUUAGUGGUGUCAGUAAAAGUGAAAGUGUCAAAAGCUAUAAUUCAAAUAAAAGUUUAAAACUAGAUUUCGAUUUAGACUUUGACAAUUUAACUUAUGAUCCUAAACUAAAACUAACCCUCGAAGAUAUUACAAGAGAAUUAACUGCAAAAAAUAAGAUGCCUCCAAUCGAUUAUGAAGAAACCACUACCCAUAACUUUGUCUUCAAACCAUAUCAAAGAAAAAGAUUGGAUUUUUAUUGGGAAAUUUUACUAAAGAACAAUCUUUUCAAUAACGACUCAUACAGAUUCAUCGCCAAGGAAUUAGAUUUAUCAUUUAAUCAAGUUUCAUGUGCAUUAAAAGGCAGAAAAGUAAAAUACCUCAAGAGUAAUGAUGAAUUCCGUAUUGAUAGCAAACCAAUUUCAAAAUUAAGUAAGCCAGAAAUACUAGUGGAAAUUCAAAAAAGAGGAGGAACAGGUUCAAUCCUCCAACCAAAAGAUUUACUUUUAGACAUUCUUAGAGAACAAAUAAGAAAUAACAUUACAAAACCAAGUAAACAUUUGUAUACUGUAUGGUUCUAA